AUGUUAUACCUAACCUCAAUCCCCAAGUCCAUAGGGGCAUUAUUGAUCCAAGAUGUAGACGGAGCAGAACGCCCGGUGUAUUACAUCAGCCGGAAGAUUCGAGAAGCAGAAGUCCGAUAUACUCCGAUAGAGAGACAUUACUUAGCUUUGGUAUUCACCGCCCAAAAGCUCAGACAUUACUUCUUAGCACAUCACAUUCAGAUUGUUACUAGAAGUGAUCCAAUCCGAUACCUCCUCAGCAAGCCUGCUCUAACCGGGAAGGUGGCAAGAUCCUUGUUAGCACUGGAUAAAUUCGAGAUCACAUGUGUAGCUCCCAAGGCAAUCAAAAGUCAAGCCUUAGUUGAUCUCCUUGCUCAAUUUUCAAGUGGUGACUAUGAACCAGUGAAUGAAGAAUUAAGAGGAGAGGUGCAUGCAGCUAUGGCUUCCGAGGAAAGCUUUUGGACAUUGAGCUUUGACGGAACAGCAGCCGGAGGGAAAGGAGGAACCGGGAUAGUCCUUAUAAGCAAAAGUGGGGAAAAGUUAUAUUUGUCUUAUAAACUGGAUUUCCAUUAUUCGAAUAAUGAAGCCGAGUAUGAGGCUCUUAUUUUGGGCUUGAUAGCAACUAAGAAACAUAGUAUUAAGAAGAUUCGGAUUCGGAGGGACUCAAAGCUAAUAGUAAAGCAGAAGGUCGAAAUAGAGCAUGUGCCUCGCUCCGACCACAAGUUUUCAGAUGCCCUCGCAACAUUAGGGGCAAGAGUUGAUAUUCCAGAGGAAGAGGCAACAAUUAUUAUCAAGAAGAGAACAGAGCCUUCAAUAAUACCCGAAGACAAAGACCUUCCGGAGGACUGGAGAGGAGAAGUCCUCGAACAACUCAGAAGCAAAGUUGGAAAAUUGACUAUGGCCAAGCUUGUCCAAUUCAUAAUUAUUCAAGGUGAACUUUACUUCCGAUGA